UGAAAAUUUUAAUUAAGUUUGAAUAUUGUACAUGAAGAUUUGACACUAUAAUUAAAGUAAAAGGUAUUAAAACGCAAUUUGGAUGGAACUUCACUCUUGGAAUUCAAACUUGUAAAGUAUAUUCAAAAUGUAUCUUUGAUGAGCAUCAUCAAAAAAUGGUAUCCAACUGGAUUCCUGCUAACAAUGCUUCUGAAUUAGAUGACAGUUCCAGUUACUUGAAUUGUUCCCCAAGUGAUCAUUUGCUUUCAAUUAAUGAGUCUGACUUUUCAAAGCGAUAUAAAUGCCCUGUGUGUGAUAGAAAAUUUACAGCUAAAGGAUCAAUGAAAACUCAUCUGACUGUUCAUACUGGUGAAUUGUUGUACAAAUGUUGGGAAUAUUCAUCGAAUGACCCUGACUACCAGUCUUCUCAUUCCGGUUCCCAGCAUAGCAGCAAUGUGUAUAGAUGUAAUUACUGUAGUUAUACUACCAAGUUCCCUACAACUUUAAAACGGCACAUAUUAACUCAUACAGAUGAUGGCAACAGUGUCAAAAAAGUUGUCUAUAAACAGAAAUUCCGAAUGGAAUGGUUAAAAGAUCCUAUGUUGAAAGAAUGGCUCACCUAUGUUUUGGACCCAGUGGAAGGUACAAAAAUGCCUAAGUGUAAAUGUUGCAAUGAAGUUUUAUCAACUAAACUUUAUGACUUAAAAAGCCAUGCAGGAACAAUGAAACAUAACCGUUCUGCAGCUCGUUUUUUCCAGCGUCAAUGAUUUUUAUUAAGAAUUCAAAAAUAUAUUAUCUUUUCUUGUUUUCUGUGCAUUUCUUCAUCUAAUUUGUGAAAAGUAUUGAAGAUUUUUAUACUCUCUUGAUUUUUAUUGAAACUUAUAUAUUUAAUUUGUUCUACUAUGUAACAAAAUUAUGAAUGUGUUGUAUUUUUUUAUAAAUAUAUGCUCUAUGA